AUGCGUUUCUCCACCCUCGCAACAGCCCUCACAUCUGCAACUCUCGCAUCCUCUCGCCUGAUCGGUAUCGCAGCCCCUUCAACGCUCGCACCCAACAGUACCUUCACUCUCACCCUCCUCUCAGAAGGCUACAUCCAAUCUGUCGCCGACGUGGCAGUAGCCUGGGGUUUCGACAUUGCGCCAGGUUACCCCGGUACUCUGGGCGCCUUCACCGGUUCCGCGUACCUAGGUCCUGAGAAGAGCAACCAGGGACAGGAUAAUGUUACAAUCACUGCUACCGUGCCUGAGGAACUGGCCAGCGACUCCUACAAGGGCAAGGAUAUCUUGUUGAACGCCGGAAUUUACUCAUUGUAUGGUGCUAGUGGAGGCCCAGUGGUUACGGGAUUUAAUGUUACGGUCAAGAUUGGCGAGACCACUGGUGGGGAAAUUGUACAGAGUGACGGUCAGGCUUGGAUUCAGAACAGCAUCCAAUAG